AUGCUUGACGCCGCUCGUGACCGAGCCAUCGAAGCACUAUGCGAUAUCCGCCAACACAGAUCAUUCAUUCUCCCUGCCUCGGCGAUUCCCAACGGUGAGCGGGAUCUGCGAAUCACCUAUUCAGACCUUGGAUACGAUCCGGACAGUGACGAAGAUGCCGAUCCAGAUCCAUGCAUCGUCUUCUUCAUCGGCGGCCUCUUGGGUGGACGCUACACGCUCUGUCGCUCCGCCAACAUUGCUCGACGGCUCAAGAUCCGCAUCAUUUCCAUGGACAGGCCAGGCCUCGGUGGCUCUACCCGGGUCCCCGUGGAGCAACGUGUGGCGGUCCAGGUCGCCGCAAUUCCUGCUCUGUUGAGUCACUUGGGCAUCAAACAUGUCACGCUGGCCUCCCACUCUGGAGGCGCACCAUAUUUGUUCGCAACUCUUCUAGCGCAUCGUGGAUUACUGCAUCCCAAACACCCUCACGUCGUUUUACUCUCACCAUGGGUGCACCCGAAAGACGGCGGUGCGCGGUUGAUGCAGGUUGCCGCGAUGCUACCGCUUCAGGCGGUGGGCAAGUUCUCAUCGUGCGCAAGAGCGGUCAAUCGCACUUUUGCAUUCAGCUCAGGGUUUCGCAGGGGACCUUGGAGCAAAGCAGCCACUGUUGUCGUGCCCAAGACUGGAGAGGUUGAUGAACAGAAGGACAGCAAGCCUGCCAUGGAGAAAGCCGUUCUGACUGAAAUGGAGGGGCUAGCAGUCACGUACAUGUUCGCUGAAGAUAUCGAGGGCUCCUCGGACGAUGCCAUCCUAUUUCUGCGAAAGCACGUGUACCCAGUCACUGCCACUGGAGAUCCCGGCACUGUGCAAGGCAAAGACUGGCUUGAUAGUCGGACCAUUGCGGACGCCGUUAUCGAGCAAGAGAAGCGUCUUCACGAUAGCACGGCCGGCUCAGUCAACCUUCAAAUCGACGCUCUUCAUUCCGAAAAGGACAUUAUGAUUCGCCCGAGUGGCUCGAAGCACUUUGAUGACUGCUGGGCCAGCGUGGCUUCGCCGUCAACAGUGGGCUUCAGCUCCAAAAUCAUCAAGGGUGCCACUCACGAUUCCAUCCUAGACCCUAUCCAAGGUGGCAUUGAGACUUGGCUUCAGUGCGUGGCUCAGCGAUGGUACACUUGA